UUGGGUGUGAUACUGAUUUUUGUUAGAUGAUAAGUAUUUUUAGAAUGAGAUGUAAACUCUUAUGGUUAACAGACAUGUAAGAGGUCGAUAAUCUACGUCAGGAAAUGGUACACAUAGGUUUAAUUUAAACUAACGCCGUUUUUUUCACCCUCUAAAAGUGAAAGUAAAAACUAACCGGACGUAUUAAGUUUUUCACAGAGGAAAAUGGCUUCAAAGCUUGAAGAGGAAUUUUGCUGUCCUGUGUGCUGUGACAUCUACAAGGAUCCCGUCAUUUUAACCUGCGCUCACAGUGUGUGUAAAGCCUGUCUGCAGCAGUUCUGGGAGAGCAAAGGACACAGAGAAUGUCCCUACUGCAUGAGGAAGUGCUCUAAAGAAAUCUAUCAACCGAACCUGGCGUUAAGGAGCCUGUGUGAAGCUUAUUUAAGGGAGAGAAGUCAGAGAGCUUCAGCAGGGUCUGAGGUGCUCUGUAGUCUGCACAGUGAGAAACUCAAGGUUUUCUGUCUGGACGAUAACCAACCUGUGUGUGUGGUGUGUCAGAUUUCCAAGAAACACACCAACCACAAGUUCCAACCUGUAGAUGAGGCAGCUGCUGACCUUAAGGAGCUGCUGAGGAUUAAACUAGAGUGCUUACAGAAGAAGCUGAAGGUCUUUGAAGAAGCAAAACUCACCUGUGAUGAAACCGCUGAACAUGUGAAGACUCAGGUCCAGCACACAGAGAAGCAGAUCAAGGGGGAGUUUGAGAAGCUUCACCAGUUUCUACGAGAUGAAGAGGCAGCCAGGAUAGCUGCACUGAGGGAGGAAGAGGAGCAGAAGAGUCAGAUGAUGAAGGAGAAGAUUGAGAAGAUGAGCAGAGAGAUCUCAUCUCUUUCAGACACUAUCAGAGCCAUACAGGAGAAGAUGGGAGCUGAUGAUGUCACAUUCCUGCAGACCUACAAGAGCACAGUGGAAAGAGCCCAGUGCACACUGCAGGAUCCAGAGAGGGUUUCAGGAGCUCUGAUCAGUGUGGCAAAGCACCUGGACAAGCUGAAGGUCAAGGUCUGGAAAAAAAUGAUUGCUCCUGUGACUCUGGAUCCCAACACAGCACACCCAGAUCUCGUCCUGUCUGAGGAUCUGACCAGCGUGAGAUUUGUUGAAAAUAACCCACAGAGGUUUGAUAAGUAUUCCAGUAUCCUGGGCUCCGAGGGCUUUAACUCAGGGACUCACUGCUGGGAUGUGGAGGUUGGGGAGAACACAGGGUGGACUGUGGGUGUGAUGACAGAGUCUCUCAAGAGGAGGGGAGACUUUAGAUCCAGGAGUGGAUGGUGGCGUGUGGGGUAUGAUGGUGCUAUAUAUAGUGCACUUGCUCCACCACAGUCCUCCACUGUCCUCACAGUGCAGCAGAAACUCCAGAGGAUCAGAGUGCAGCUGAAUUGGGACGGAGGAGAGCUGUCAUUCUCUGACCCUGAUAAUAACACACACCUACACACACUCACACACACCUUCACUGAGAGAGUGUUCCCAUAUAUGAAUACCUGGUGUAGUCUCUCUCCUCUGAGGAUCCUACCAGUGAAUCCUCAGUAAGAUCAGAGCAGCACUGAUGGAGUUGUGAUGAUGGAGGUGUGCUGAAUGUAGCACACUUACACCAGAAGAUGUAUUGAUUCAUUAACACACCGAGUAUACUAAUGAUGACUGAGUAUACUAAUGAUGACCGAGUAUACUAUUGAUGACCGAGUAUACUAUUGAUGAAUGAGUAUACUAUUGAUGACCGAGUAUACUAUUGAUGACCGAGUAUAGUAUUGAUGAAUGAGUAUACUAAUUAUGACCGAGUAUACUAUUGAUGAAUGUGGGUCAGAUUUGAACCCUGAAUGUGGUACAGAUUAAUUUACUCCUCCCCCCAGAUCGUGUCACUUCAGAACAGAGUAAUGCUCUGCCCUGAUUGGAUGCUGAGGGUAAAAGAGGGCGGGGCAGAGCAAGAUUGGAGCCGUAGUUUGGCUCACGUAACUUUAUCUUUAAUGUAAAUGUAAAGUUAUUACAAUGGCCACGUUUACAUGAUGUUUUUAAUUCUGAAUUAGUUUAUUCAGAAUUAAAUAGAUCGGAAUUAAAAUAUUCUCCUUCGAGUUUACAUGGAAAUAAUAAUUCCGAAUUGGCGUUUACAUGGAACAUACGUUAAUUACGCUUUAUUGUAUUCUGCUGAACGUCUGGGGGUCGGGAAGGGUUCCGAUUGGACAGGCGGCGCAUGAACGUAGCCUAAUAAGGUCUACCGGAAGAAAACAAACUUUAGCUGGCUAGCAACUUUUUUAUCAUCUCGGGUUAACGUUACAGCAUGGACAAUAACAUAAUGAAAACGGGUUUCACAGUAACUCUGAUAAUAGGCCUACUAUUUAGCCAGCAGCUCGAGAAUAUUGUCAAGCUUCACGUUUGCUAGCUGAGGAGGAGAAGACUGUCGGAGAAGGGGGGAAGAAGACGGAGCCGAAUUAACCAUGAAACGAGCAUGCGCUUCUUCUUCCUCCUUGUACGAGCAUGCGCCAAACAAACGGAAUAAACUUUUAAUCGGAAUAAAGGUUUACAUGAUCAAGGAGGGGAGUUAAUUCCGCUUUAACAUCGGAAUAAACCAACCACUUAAAUCGGAAUUAAGUUUAAUUCAGAAUAAUCAUUUUCAAGCGGAAUAAGCGUUUACAUGGUCUCUUUUAAAGCGGAAUUAACUUUUAUUCCGAUUUAACUUGGUUUUAUUCGGAAUUAAAGCUCUCAUGUAAACGCAGCAAUUGAUUGAUUACUUAAGCCACUUAUUUCCAAAUGUGUGCCCACAGACAAAGAUUGUGUAGUCUGAUGACCUGGUGUGAUAUUGACACAAACAAUAAAAUGUCUACAGGACUGACUGAU